GCACCACUGCGUCUCGCUGGGAUUCCUCGCCCUUGGCCUGGCCGCAGCCUGCUGUCUGCAGACCUCUGUCAAAAGCUGCCACCCAGAAAAUCUGAUGCUCAUCACUUCCGCUGAAGUUCUUUUAAAGCACACCCCGCAAGGAUGCACACACAAGCAGCCUGCCUUUGAAACCUCUUCUCUGUAAAGGAGACUUUUAGGGAUGGGAGGUCAGAGUGUGUCCCUGUACAUCCCCCAGUCCACCAUCAACGCCACAGUGAAAGAAGACAUCCUGCUCUCGGUGGAGUACUCCUGCCAUGGCGUCCCCACCAUCGAGUGGAAGUAUACAUCCAACUGGGGAGUGCAGAAGAUUGUGGAGUGGAAGCCGGGGACCCAGGCCAACAUCUCCCGAAGCCACAAGGACAGAGUCUGCACCUUUGACAAUGGCUCCAUCCAGCUCUUCAGUGUGGGCGUGAGGGAUUCUGGCUACUAUGUCGUCACGGUGACAGAGCACCUGGGGAGCAGCCAGUUUGGCACCAUCGUGCUGCAUGUGUCAGAAAUCCUGUAUGAAGACCUCCACUUUGUCGCUGUCUUCCUUGCUUUACUCGCUGCUGUAGCUGCAGUAUUAAUUAGCCUCAUGUGGGUUUGUAAUAAGUGUUCAUAUAAAUUCCAGAGGAAGAGAAGACACAAGCUCAAAGAGAACACAGCUGAGGAGAUCGAGCUACAAGACGUUGAGUGUUAGCCAAGGCUGAGCCCCAAUUACAUUCCUACCUCAAGAGGAAAAACAUUCUUUUCCAGUGAAAGGAGCAAACGUAGCAAUCCAUCCUGAGAGCCUCCCGUUGUCCUGCCACAACCACCCAUUCGUGAUGGGACUGCCAGAUGUGAACAAAGUUGACUGCAUGGAGCUGAGGACUCUGGGUUGGACAAAGUCAGUUCUUGCACUUGCACGAAGUUCAGGGAGAAGAGUGCUUUGCGUGGCGGCAGCAUGGGAGCCAGUAACCAAUGUCACAGUGCAAACACUGGCUGAGUGAGCCAGGGGAUGGCCACUGGAGGCGUCCCCGUGUCAGAGGCCAGCGCACUCCAGAUCAGGUGUGCAGCUGGCACCAGCACAAGCCGUCAGUGCUGCUGUCUGCUUGGCUGUGCCCUCUAACCCUCUGCUGUGGGAGGUGUUGGUAAGAGAUGUGAGGCAUUCAGACAGCCUGCUGCCCCAGAGGGAGGAAGGAACGGACCGAGGGGUGCUGCUGUGCUAUCGUGAGGGGCUCAGGGAGGGGCGAGAGCCUCCAUGGCCUGGAGCUUUAGGGAGAAGAGCUUAGUUUGUUCUUGAGGGACCAACAUUGGGAACAAGGAAAAGGGAGAAAAAUCACCUUUCUCUUCCCCUCAUAGUCCAACUUUAAUUGAAUUUAUCCCUCCUGUGACCCCAGCUUAGGUGGGUCUGAGAACAGGUCUUGUUCACUGUGGGCAGCAUCUAACUCCCAGAGGGCCUCCUGACAAGCACUGUGAAGGCUGAGCCUGCAUCAUGGGUGGUACAUUGCAUCAGUAGGGGGUCAGGCAGCUCAGGCUUCUAAUGUGUCCCCCUAAAUCUCUAACACUUCAUGCCUCAAGUCCGGCCCUCACUCUCUUGCAGCUGGGCAAAGAAGCACUUGCAGCCCACCUACCUCACAGUCACACAAUCAAAUGAAGCCCACAAUGUGCCUAGGGCUUGCCAAGCAAUUUAAGACUGGUGUGAGGAUUCUUCGGCAAUCUGAAAGCAAUCUGCGCUAUACGGAUUACAGGAAAUUGAUAAAACAUCCUGGGGAGUUGGGCUCCGGGUGAAAUUGGGGGCGGGAUCACAGCUGGCCUUGGCCCUUCUUCUCUCAGGUGUUGGUUAGCGUGUUUACCUGAAAGUUUUGUCCAUCUCAGCUCCCAUUUGGCAAGCUCUAAAGCAGGCCUGCGUUUAUUUUCCAUUAUCUUUUCUCUUUCCAAUAUUCUUAGCUACAGAUUGAAGGUACCACCCCAACUACUGGUGGAGGCUGAGGUUAUUAGCUGUGUCCCCAGCCCUCAGCUGCAAAUUCACCCAUACAAAGGAGGGGAGCUAGAACAUUCCCUUCUCUCUUCCCCUCUUCAUGUCCCCAACACCCACAUCUAUUCGGCCUCCCAUUCGAAUUACUCCCAUUCGCCUUGAAAGGCAAGAGAGUAAUUGGUCUGCACAGCUGGUUUGCAGCUCUAGCUCCUGACAUCAGCGUUCUCACCUGAGGCCACCUCCUGUGCACGCACACUGGCAAACGUGCACACCUGUGCUCUUUGCCCAGGCAGCAGAGGAGCCAGGCCUGUGCCAGGGCAGGUUCCUUCUACUGGUGGGUCUCCAGUGCCCUGGAAAAGCUGGGUGAGGAGAACCUGAGAGAACAGGGUGUCAAGGAUAACCUGCUUAUAUGUUUCUCCUGUCACACGCAAAGUGCAUCAAUGGGAAACAGUGUACGCCUAGUAGCUGCUGGCAUCUGUGUGUCCUCUUUCACUUACCUGCUUUUCAGACCUCUCUGCUUGUCGGAAGUCAGGGCUGGACACCUUCAUAUAAAAAGAGAAAUGGAAAAUACCCAGUGAGAGGCCUCCAUGGGCAAACCCAGCUGUAAAUUAGAUUCCCCCCCAAAACAUGUCCUGAACGGCUAUACCCUCAGCGUUGCAUGUCUUUAUUUUGCACUUCUAAGCUCCCUUCCCCCUGAACAUUCCUAUGGGACUGGUUUUGAUUCUAGAGCCUGAGGCUCUUGUCUGUUUUUUCAAAAAGGAAAAUAUAUCACAGAGGUUAGCCACUGUAAAUGCUAAGCUAUAAGUUAUUAUGUUUGAAACUGUGAAAAUUGUUUUAAAGAAUGAAAUAA